GUUAGUUUCAUUCCAUCAAUGAAUGACAAAGACGCAUCCAUAAAGAGCAGUGCAGUGUAUAGCAUAAUAUUUUUAGAUGUAGAAAAAGUUGUCGUCUCUUCAUUUAUUUCCAAAAAUCGUGCACAUAAGGUUAGAGUAGUGCGAUAAUAUGCAGAACAACCCCCAGGAGCUUUCAUGGCAGGCGAUUCAGGCUAUCGUGGGGGUUAAACUUCCUUCCAAUGUGCUGCGAUUUGAUGAUAUCGGGUUCAAUAACUCUGUAUCGAGCGACGAUUCUGACUCUGAUGUGGAAAUCAUCGAGAAUGGCUGGGAGUCAGACAACAACGCAUCCUCGAGGCCAGACCACUCGGACAACGAAAAAACUACAUCUCCCGACCGAGGGCAGAGCGAGUCACCCGUACUACACCUAGUAGAGCCUGAUAACAACAACUCGGGCAAACCCUCAUUAGAUUACAAGGAAUAUAUAGAGAAAAUGGAUACCAAAGAUAUUUCAGAUAAAGACCAAACUCAAAUAAGUAAUGAUGAUGCAGAUAGUUCUAAUGGGAAUGUUAUGUCAAUUGAAAACUACUUGGAGGUGACCCUAUCUACUGACUCUGAGGCUAGUCACACAUGCAGCCGGUGCAAUCAAAUGUUUCCCAGCGAACAAUUGCUUUCGGGUCAUCAAUGUAGUGCCAAACCCACCGAAGAGAAAAAAUACCCUUGUCAUGUGUGUGCAGAGAAAUUUCCUAGUUACUGGGAACUCAGGAAACAUAUUAACAGCCACUUCCCUGGAAUGUUGGACUCUAAAUCCAGCUUCUGUCACCUCUGUCAAAAAGAUUAUACUAAAACUGGGUUUAUGAAUCAUCUCCGAAAACAUACAGGUGAAAGACCGUUUGUGUGCGAGCUCUGCCACAAAGCAUUCUCACAGUCAAGCUCACUCUCCAUACAUAUGAAAUUCCACCUCAAUGUCCGCAAGCAUGCCUGCACUGUUUGUGAAAAGAAGUUUGUCACCAAGAGUGAGCUUUCCCGCCACAUGACAGUACAUACUAAACAAAAGUCCUACUACUGUGGGGUGUGUGACAAAGCCUUCACACGCUCGGACAAUAUGAAAAAACAUGAGAAGACUCAUGGAUAAAAGUGAAAUGAUAUAAGGCUCAAACAAGUGUUAAGCAUCAUAAAUGCAUUAUGAGAAUUUUAGAUGUCACUUAUCUUUGAGGUCAUUUAGCUAAUUUCAUUUUCAAUGUCUAUUUAUUUGUAUUGUGUAUGAUGCCUAUCACUGAGCUUUCAGAUUCUCCAAUUGCCAAAAAUUUAGUCAUAAUCAUUGUUUAUUCUAAUUUUGCAUUGUUUUAUACCAAAUUGAAGAAUAUGAUCUAGUUCAUAAUUUAGUCAUUAUGGUGUGUUUGAGUGUUGCCACUCAUGGUGUGCUGCUGUAGAAGCUUUUUAAGGGAUUUUAUUUAUGCGAUUUAUUACUGCAUGUUUGGUUAAAUUAGGAUAUUAGGAAAUGCCUUCACAGGUGCUCUACAAUAAGGUCACACAUAUCUCUAUCCAAAGUUGCCUUUUUAGAUAUGAUAGUGAUAUUUUAAAAUGUGGAUAUAGGUCAAAUGUCCAAAGAUUCCGAUAGCAGUAGUGUAAUAUUUACAUUAGAUAGAGGAAAACUACCACAACUUGAGGCCUUCUGCAAACAAAUAUACAUAUUGUCACAAAUUGUUCCUGCUUCUCUAUAAGAGCUUUAAUAUUAUUAAUAUUUUUGUAUACCUUUACUAGGAGGUAUUAAAAUACCAGUUGUAUAGACUAAACACUUUGCCAAAUUUUAGAUAAUAUAUAAAGUGACUCUUAUUUGUACUGUGUUGUUGUAACCAAAGCAAUAAUAAUAUGUAAUGUGCCUAAUAUAUAAUAUAUUUAACUUUAUGAAAGGAAUACCAAACAUUUUUUCAAUGGUAUAGUGAAAUAAGUUUAUAAUGAUUUGAAGUCAAUUAUAAAUUGUAACUUAAAAUGAUUUGUGUAACUGGUGGAGCAUAUUUGGAUAAACUACUGAAGUUUUAUGGUCUCAGAUACAUGUUUAGUUUAGCCACUUCGAACAAGUAGUGUAUUUUAAGUUUAAUAUAUUUUUAAGUUUCAUAAUUCAAAAGUAAUUCAAUCAUCACAAUUGUUUUCACAGUCCAGACAUUUUUGUCAAGCAAACAUGUUGCAUAUUGUAAUAUUGACAUACUAUCUUGUAUUUUUACCUUCACCAAAACCUACAGAUUAGAUUUAAGUAUAGUUCAAAAAGAAAAUCCCAAAGAUAUUGUAUUUUCUAAUUGGCUAAGAAACCAAAGCUAUUUUUAUAUUUUGAUUGUGCCACUUUCGAUUUUAUGAACUGGUUGUCAAUACUUUAGAUUUUUACCUACAUAGUUAGUAAUUAGGGAUAGGUCAUAAUCAUAUAUUUUAAUAUAUUUAUUAUAUUAUAUUUAAUAUUAUAAUUUUAACUGCAUGACUUGUUUAUAGAUUAAGAAUUUGAAUUUGAGCCAAAUGGAAAAAUUUUACACAAAAAUCUACAAGACUGACAAUAAUAUUCAGAGUAGAUAUUAACUUGCACAAAGGAUACCUAUUAUUUAUUAUACCAAACGGUACACUACAAUUUUGUAACUAUUUAUCGAUACUGCACCUUGUUAUUGACUCAACAUGACAAUUAGUAUAAGAUCCGUUUGAUAUGAAUUAUGAAAUGUUUUAUGGAAAUGUAAUAAUCUAAUAAUUGUCGAUUUUAUUAAAGAGUUGUUUGUUGCAAA